AUGGAAAGGGAGCUGGCCCACCUUGCAAAGACCGUGUCGAAGAUGGACUUUGACAAGCUUGGGCGCAUAUUCCAGCACAUGGAUACUGCCACGGCAAGUGACAUUCUAACACAAGCCCAGGACAGGAUCGACUGUGAUGAUCCCUGCGGCACGAAUGUGGCGGUGCAGGUCCUGAAGGAAAUGGAGCUGAAAAAGGCCGCCGACAUCUUGAUGUCCAUGGGCGUGGCAGGCAUGAGCAAGGUUUUGUUCCGCCGUGAAGGUGUCAGUCGAGACUUUGCCUGCAAGGUCUUCUCACUGAUGGACACUGCUACUCUUCGGGAGAUCCUCCUCAGAAGAUACAAGGAGGAUAAGACUCUGCUGGGCCUUUUCUUACACAUGGACACAGUCAAGGUUGCAAGCUUCCUUGCUGAGAUAGAACGUGCCCGGGCGGCUGAUCUGAUUUCCUCGGAAGUCCAAUGCGACGGCUUUUUUGAUCGGAAGAUUGCAAGCUUCGUGGCAGCCAUGGAACCACUGGUUGCCGCAGAGAUUCUUGAGAAGAUGGCCGCGAAGGAAGACAAGACAGUACCUUUUGAUCCUUUUGAAGCAGAUCCUCGGGUUACUCGGGUGUCAGUCAACUACAUCCUGUUUUGUCUCAGCAGCUUGCACGCAAGCGCUGUACUCAUGUUUAUGGAUGACUCUCAAGCAGCUCGUUUGUUGGCGGAGGUGAGGGAGAAGAAUGCGGCGGACAUCCUUGUAAAGCUUCCAGCAGCCAAGGCUGCGUUCAUGGUGGCGACCAUGCAAGUCAAGGAUGUUGUCGCAAUACUCGGCUACAUGGAAAGCGCCGCUGCACAAAAGAUCUUGAAUCUGCUGCCCUUCCACAAGGCGGCCGCAGUAACUGCGAUGUCAGCACGAUCCAUGUCAACCGACGAGAUGCUGCAGAUGAAUGCGGAGGAUGCUGCUAAAGCUAUCCUCCAAAUGAAUGUUGACAAGGCAGCUGCGCUCUUUGCCGAUGCUUCGCAGAAGCGCCGGAAUUACACGGGUGUCCACAAAGAUGAGAACCAGUCACGCUAUUUCACACGACAUAGCAACAAGCGCAGCGACUACCCUGGUUUCGCCUGCCAUGCUUGCCCGGGACACCUCAGCGAGAACGGCACCUGCAGCGGCCGCGGGCUGUGUGCUGAUGAUGAAGUUUCCAAGGAAGAGGCGCAGGCUGCGGACGCCUUUGAGAUGAUGUCCCGGCUCCAGCUCGCCUUCCAGUAUGGCAACGGGACUUGCACGUGCUCCGAGCACUUCGGCGGCGCGAGCUGCGAGCAAGGUGUUUGUCCGGCUGGCCUGCAGUACAUUCACGACGCCAUCGUUGCACAUUGCCGUCUCUGCGAACCCGGGCAUUUUAAGCCCGAGGCGGACAACAACGCGAAGUGCCGCGAGUGCCCGGCGAAUCACUACACGCCUGAGUCCGGAUCGGCUCAAUGCUACAACUGCGUCGGCAACAUCUUCAUCUACUCCGUGAAUAAGGAGCAGACUGAGUGCUCCAUGGAUGUCGCUGCCAGCUUGCCUAUCCUCAUCAACAUAAUUUGCUGGGGCUUCAUCUUCUACUUCGCGCCACUGGUAUUCGGGCUUCCAGUGGUGGUUGCGGACAUCAGUAAGCAGGCAGGCGGCAUCCGCGUCAUCUCGCACGGGAAUCACAAUCUGAUGAGGGGACAGCGAGCUUCGGUACGCUUUUGGGGCACGGGCGAUCCACGAUUGGACACAAAGCAGUACGACUUCAAAGUGGAGUACUUGUCCAACAACGAGCUGGUCUUGCACAAGAAGGACGGCAGUGCUGUCCUGGACAACCACCAGUCCUCCAGCGGAAGGUUCCAGGUGAAGCCCCAGCAGGCCUUCCUCCGCACUGGCAUGUUUCAAGUGCCCUACCUGGUUUGGUCGCUACUGCCUGGCAUGGUCUAUGCAGGAUUGCUCCACUACCAGAACAUCAGCGACAAGACGGUGAUGCCCAGCUACAGCAGCCUCCACGUCGCUAUUGGCUGCAUCAUAGGCAUCCUCGCCCAUGGCGUCCGACAUAGGCAGCUGUCGCGCACUCGUCUCCGCAAGGACAUCCAGAGCUUCGUCCAGGAGCUGCUGAGAAACAAUCCGAAACCGGUGCGGUGCCCUCGCGGACCCAGCCGGGCCAUUUGUGCAGGUCAGCUGUGGCAAUUUUUCGACUUCUUUGGUGGGUACACUGGCCCUGGUCGCACCAUGUACUAUGUCUGUCACAACAUCAUCUUGCCUCUCACGUGCCCGUUCAAGCUCUCCUACGCUGAGCUGGCUGGUCCUACAGACGUCCGCUGGUUCGUCUCUCACUACUGGGGGACCCCCUUCAGCCACUUUGUGAGUACGGUGUGCAAGCAUGCUCAGGAGUCUUUCCUGACCCAGUCGGGAUGCGACGACAGCAUCUCGAUGUGGCAGCAUCUGUCAGGGCCUCAGCUUGCAGAAUUCUAG